GAGCCCCUGUUCUUCCUCGAAAGCUUUGCUGGACAAGCUCAGGCGACCCGCAGCGUGCAAUCAAGCUUCCCGGGGAAGGUCACCGCUGCUAUCGAUGUCAAGUUUUCAGAGAAGCACUACACGCCCCAGUUUGGCAACAAGAUUGCCUCGCUACUCGAAAGGCUGAAGCCUCGAACUGACUAUGUUGCUGAUAAUCCUCGGGUUGAUGCCGUGGCCCUCUUUGAGACUUGGAGCUGGGGCGAUUUGUGGGAUGAUGCUAACAUGCGAUCUUUGAUUCGCUACUUGUAUGGCGCCAAAGCUUUGCAAAUUCCACCCAAUUGGAAGAGCGAGGUCAAACUGAAAAUGGAGCAGGCCAAGGCAGAGAUAGCCGAAGCAGAGACACAGCCUGGAAUCAAAGAAGAGCUUAACCUGGUGACAGCUCCCCUGGCUGAACCUGGUCUUCGGGCUGCUCCUUCCGAGUCUGAGAAGGGGGAGCUUUCGCCAUCUCGACUGUCCAACAUGAGCGUUGAUGCGAGUGAUGAUCCAUAUGGUUUUUUGUCAGACAAUGAAGAUCACAUGGACGAUCACAUGAUCCGAAGGGGUUUCGUUUUUUCUCCUGACCUUGACAAUUCUCCCAAAGCUCUUCCUGCUACAUAUGACCCUUACUUGGAUUCUCUUGAAUCCCCUCCUUGCAGAGCGAUGUCGCUUUCUCCUUUGGGGGGUCCUGGUCAGUUUCAGAAGGAAUUGGAGGCCCGUGCUAGUUCGACGACACCACCUUCGACAUCUUCGACCCGGACCAAUACUUCAGCCACCACCGAGGCCCCGACUACUGGCAAACGUAUUGGGGGACGCGUGCUCACACCGGAGGAGGUUGAAAAGUACAGAGGCAAGUUCAGGAGGAUGUGUGAACCCAAAAAGGCCAGCGGUAAGAUUGAAGUUCCACAAGACAUAUUUGACCAGUUUCAAAGCAAGGGUGCGUCCAGGGAAAGGCUAUUUGAAGCCUUCGUCAGGAGUGACGGACAGAAGGAAGAAUUCCUUAAAGAAGUGUCCAUGGAGAAAACCGCUGAGCAAGUCAAUGAGUUGGAGACCACCGGGGCUUUCUACACAGAACAGGAGAUGAAGGAUGAACUGGGCUACAAACAGAGCAGAAUUGAGAAGACCGUGGCACGUGGGCAAAAGGAUCCCACGUACAUGAUGGUCGAUGAAGUGGACGACGAAGUGGUCUACUACUGGUGCAAUGAAAGGACCAAGGGCAGUCUCAAAAACCGUCAAUCCCAAAAGCUCCAGGAGAGAACCGCUACGAAGGGAACCACUGAUACUUUCGCGAUGAAAUUGUUGCCCCAGAAGUUAGACUUGGCUGCGCAUGGCCACGAGGGCCCUGGUGUAGAGACCAAGAAGCCGAACAAGGUCACCGAACUACAAACGCACAUGGACGAAUUGCUUGUGGUCCUGAACAAGGCUCAAGUUUUCCAUGGCAAGCUGAAGGAGAACACCGCUGCUGCAGUUCAAGGGGCGGGUGAGGCGGUGCCAGUCGUUGCACAGUUCACGCUUGACUUGGGUAAAAUCUACGAUGCCAUGACGGAGUACGCCGGUGAGAUGAAAGCUGGCACCAUGAGCAAAGAUUCCCAAGAGACACAUGACAAGUUGGCGAAGAUCUUCACGGAGAGCCAGAAGGUGCUCACAAAAUGGGUGGCCACGGAGAAGAAGUUCAGGCCAUUUGCCAAGAAGCCCAAGGCAAAGGUUGACAAGGAGCAUCCUGAGACUUGUCCAAAGAUCCAAAAGGUCAGUGGUACAGCUGAGCACCUAGCUGCUUCAAUUGGCAAAGGCGUGCCUUGCACACAUGUGCUGGAGUCUGCUCGGAAAACCUGGGCGGAUGCUGCAGGGACAUCAAGCGUUGUGGCUUCCUGCCCGGUGGUUCGGGGAAUGACUAGGAUACCAGAUGCUAACGCUGAAGACAGAAUCCAUGCCCUGUUGAAGAAGAACAAUUUAGCGUUGCCACUGGAGAUUUCACCUUUGUCGGGGAGUCAUGUGGAAGGGUAUCCUCGAAUCAAACCUCUGGACUUCUUAGAGUACAUGGCUGGGAGCGGGAACAUACAUCGCUUACUUGGUGGCCACAGAAUCUCCUCCUGUCGGGUUCUCCUAGAAACUUUUUGGCGGCAGUAUGAACUGUGUCAUCCUGACUUUGGUUUAUUUCUCACUCCUGGCGUUGACUAUGGAACCUGUAUACCAAUUUAUGCACAUGCUGACGGUGGUCGGGGAUUCAAAAAGUCAGAGCUAAUGGUGUUCAACUGGAGUUCAGCUCUUGGAAUUGGGACAGGCAAGCAGAAUCGAAAGGACCAUGCGGUCAGACCAGUCAGUUUCAAGAGAAAAACUGCAAACAACCCACGUGUCAACUUACUGGGGCAUAGCUACGCAACCCACUAUCUUUGGGCAGUGAUGCCUGCUGCUUGGCACAAAGAUGAUUCUACAUUUCAAGCGAUGCUCACUGAGUUUGGUCGGGACUUAGCCGAAUGCUUUGAGAAAGGAGUCAUGGUUGGUGGUGCACAUUUCCGCUUGGUCCUCCUUGGUUUGAAAGCUGACCUCAAACUUCAAGCUCGGGCUGGAAAAUUUAAACGAUGGUAUAGCACAUGCCGCAAGGGGCCUUAUGACCCCAAGAAAGCAAAUCAAACAGCAGGUUGGUGUUGUUGGCUUUGUGGGGCUGGGGACGUCACCAUACCCUUCGAGGAGAUUCACACCGAGACCCCUGCCUGGUACCAGUCGCUGCCAGACUGGAUUGACAUACCGCCUUGGGGUGAUAGUCCAUGUGGGUUGAUGGAGAACUCUCUGGGGUACAAUGCGCACCCAGCGAAGUUCUACUUGCCAGACUUGUUCCACAUCUACUUAGCAGGUUUCGGGCAAGAUCAUGCUGGUUCAUGCUUGGUCUACAUGCUUGGGAUUCUUUUCCAGGGGUCCAGUGUUGAAAAGCAGCUGGACUCUUUGAAUUCAGCCUGGAGAUUGUGGAAAAGGAUGUUCAAAGUUUCAACCCACACCUACAACUUCACCCGGAAUAUGUUGAACUUUCUGGACGCGAAGAAGGUCUUUCCAACUGGGACAUGGUCUAAGGCCAGUGACACCCCAAAGAUCCUUGAGUUCAUCCUGUAUGUUUGCAGUCUUUACCCAGAGAAGGUAUCUACGGACAAGGUUUUGUACUACAUCCAAAGUUCCUGUCAAAGCAUUGGGGUCUGUAUGAAAACCCUCUAUGACUCCGAUCUAUUUAUGGAAAGAAACCAAGCCACCAAAGUCUUGGAAAGUGGUAUGCAUUACAUGCGAUGCUAUGCCAAAUUGGCUUCAAAGGCCCAUGCACUGCACAGACCGUUGUGGGUUUAUAAACCCAAAAUUCACUAUUUUCACCAUAUUUUGCUUCAAAUCAAAGAUGAGCUGUACAGAGGGGCAAAACCAUAUAACGUCCUAGCAUUUAGUUGUGCCAUGGCUGAGGACUUCAUAGGUAGGGCCUCCUUGCUAAGCCGUAGGGUGAAUGCAAGGACGACCCAUCAACGAGUACUUCAACGGUACUUGGCUGGUGCUUUCGAUGUGUGGCAACAUCAUGAUGCUGCACCCGGGGGAUAA